GUCUUCUCCGCCCACAAUGCCUCCCCGAUCACCUCGGCCGGGCGGGAUAAAGUCCCGGCACGGUUCCGCGGCGGCCCUCAGCCCGGCCGGUUGUUGUGUGGCUCCAUCCAUCCCGGCCGCCGGGCGCGGGGCAGGCAGCCGGGGCACUUGCCUUUCGGUGAUUCUGUCCCGGUGAUCCGCACCGCGGGCCCCAUGUCCCCGGCCCCGUGCGCUUCUUGCCUCGACAAAAAAAAUGUACCCUCCGGAUCCCCUUCGUACCACGCGACUACCAGGGCCACACCUGGGACCAGUCUCACUUGAAUACUCUUGGAUGCCGAGAAGCAUGGCUUCACGCGGGAUGUUCUCCAUCCAUAGCCACUGUCCCGACUUCUCCGUUUCUUUCUUCCUGGCCCCAGCCGCAAAUCGAGCGACGCUGAUGCUCCUCGCUACGUGUCGCAAGCCGGGCAGGAAAGGCCAUUGUCCAAUCCACGGCAAGUACAAGGCACCCCAAAACCACGGCAUGCGCUGGCUUCCUUUGGAGGAUCAUCCCGAUUGGCGUAUACGCCACCUCUCGCAGCCCACUUGCGCGGGCUUUCCGCUCAGGCCAUCCCCACGCUUUUUUUCCCUCGCGGAGGUGUAAAGCGCAGCCGGCCACGGGCGAUCGUCGAGCUUACAGGAGUUUCUCUUCCCCAUCUUUCGGCGCUCGACCGUCAAGGCUCCCGGUCCUGGUGAUCCCCGGCUCAAGGGAGACACCUUACCCAGGUGGCCGGGCCCUCCCUGGCCAAUGGCCCUCCUCCACUCCCUUCCCCGGCACGCAUGGCCAUCCGGGAGACUCGGCCGAACUCGGUGCUGCCGCCAAGCGGGCCGGCACGAUCCCCCGGGGGGCAUGGGCAAGCCCCCAAGCACUCCCUGUCGCCGAGACAUCCCGGUCGAAGAGGCGGAGGCGCUCCCAUAUCGGGGCCUCUGAUGGGUGGUACUCACCAUCGGCCGAUUGUAUGGGUCCCACAUGACGCGGUGGGGACUCUCCUCCACGAUGGCUCCCCGGGCGGACGCUCGGGCCGGAGGCAUCUUCGAAUGAUCGCGCGCUUCCGUUUGCAGGCCCAGCACCAUGCGGCGAGGCCCGCCUCGCUGCCGGCCGGUCUGCGGCGGUGCGGCCCAAGGAGCGGGGCGCCGGGGUACGCCGCCGCCGCCGCCGCCGAUGU